AUGGAAUCAACAACAACGACAACGACUAGUAGUCCCGUCUUAGACGAGGACAAAUACCGAAACGAGGUGCUCCAGAUUGCGUCAGUGGAAGCGGAACAAGCGCGGGCGCAACAGUUAUCCGAUGAAGCACUCCAGCUUGGUUUGAAGACCCCGGAGACCGAUGCAGCGCCGCUGGCUGCCUCGAUCGCCGGUGCAAUGAGCGAUCUAUCGUCACCCGUCUUAUCUUCUGGAUCAUCCACCGAUCGAAAUUCUGCGUGCGACGGCUCCGUGACCCCCUCCCUCUCCGUUGAAGCCUCAUCCCCAUCUACCUUGCCGUUAGAUCAAGUCGCUACAUCGCUAUCGCAACUCACAUUUGCUUCCGAGCGCGCCAAACCAAGCAGCACUCGAUCGCUAGCGUCGUUAUCGACCCGGCCGACGUCAUUCUGCUCAAGUGAAAGCCGCACGAUUAACGCCGGGCUUGGGCUUGGCAUUCACGAUGGACUCGGAAUUCGGGGAAAUCGGAGUUCCAUGUUUGUGGUGACGCCAGAUGAUGAUAAUAAAAAGGAGAAGGAGAAAGAUAGGAGGCGGAGCAGCUUGAAGUCUGCUAUUGGGCGCUUUCAUUUUCGGAAGAAGCGGGUUCCCUCUGCUACGGUUUUACCACCGACAGCACAAGUUACAAUAACUAAAGGCGAUGAGAGCGUGGAGCGUGUCUUUAUCGAGACGCCGCGUGAGCUGCCGACCAGCAAUGCAGUCUCAAUCACGAGUAAUAGCACCACCGAGUCCCUUCCAAAGGUGGAAGUGGAGAUCCCAACUUUCGACGCAGCAUCGCUUCAAAGAAGUCUGGAUGACCCCGAACUAAGCGAGAUGACCGAACGCCACAAGAUGGAAAAGAAUCGACACAUGGCAUUCCAAGAUGCGGCUCUCGACAUCCUCCGGCGCCGGCACCAAACAGCCGUUUCAGAAGCGCAGAUCGAAAACCAGCGCCGGGAGGACGAGAAGCGCGAAAAGAACGACCACGACGCCAUCCGCAUAGAAGAGCGCCAAUUAGCCGUGGAAAUGGAACAACAAAGAGACUUCGAGCGCGCAAAACAAAACUCCCGUACCCGCAUCAAGCACAUGGAAGGCUAUUUCCGCAACGCAAGCCCCCCGCCAUCCCCAGCAAUUUCAGCUGACCGCUCAUCCGAUUCUUUCGCGUCCGGAUCCGAGGGAAACCCCACGCGCCGUGUAACACGGCAGCAGCUCGAGCAACUCGAGCAGCAGUAUCACGCGCACGAAUCCAUGGAUGCGCUCCAAGAUUCCCGCAUCAAGGUUCUUCGAGAACGCCAGGAGAAGAGACUUGCUGAGGCCAUUGCGCGGAUGGAAGGCGAGCUGGACGAUCUGUGUGAUCAGAAUAGCAAGCAGAUCGCUACGCUCCAGGCUGAGCAUCGCCGUGAAGAGAGUUCUCUGAUUGACGGGCUGCAAGGGAAGCAGACGGAGUUGCGGCGGAGAUGGGAUCUGGAAGGAGCCAUCUUGCGCCGGAAGUUGGAAGAGAAACAUGGCCAGAUCUAUGGGCCGUUGCCGCCGAUAUCUUUUUGUGUGGAGCACGAUGCCGAUGCUGAGAAUCGGAUUUGA